UGCUGACAGUCCUGCUCUGCUGUGGGGAGUAAGUAGGGUGCCCACGAAACCCAACCAGGACAAGGAGCCCAAACAAAAUGGCUGCCUUGACUAUAGACCCAGUGGAGCAGCCCAGAAUGUACCAACAGACUCUCCUUCAGGACGGACUGUGUGACCUCUUGGAAAAUGACAAGUUUGUGGACUGUGUCCUUAAAGUUCAGGACAAGGAAUUCCCCUGCCACCGCUUGGUUUUGGCAGCCAGCAGCCCCUUCUUCAAGGCCAUGUUCCUGUCUGACCUGGAGGAGAGCAAGAAGCGUGAGAUUGUGCUCAAAGACGUGGAGCCAGGUGUUAUGGGGAUGAUCCUGCGCUACUUAUACACCUCUGACAUUAAUUUGACAGAACAGAAUGUCCAGGAUAUCUUCAUGAUUGCUAACAUGUACCAGAUCCCCUCCAUCUUCUCUGUCUGUGUGUCCUACCUUCAAGAGAAGCUAGUGCUGGGAAACUGCUUGGCUAUCUUCAGGCUAGGACUGCUGCUGGAUUGUCCCAGGCUUGCACUCACUGCAAGAGAGUUCAUCUGUGAACGCUACCAGGUUGUUGUCAGGGACCUGGACUUCCUGCAGUUGGGCGCGAGCGAACUGGCCAUCAUCAUCACCUCAGAUGCCCUGAAUGUCGAGCGAGAGGAGCUGGUGUUUGAAUCCCUGAUGGACUGGGUGAGAUAUGAUGAGACAAAUCGUGUUAAGGACCUGCCAAAGCUGUUGCACUGCAUCCGUUUCAGGCUCAUACCUUUGGAUUACUUCAAAGAGAAAGUAGAGCGUCAUCAGUACCUCCGAUUCAACCAGGAGAUCAAGAAAGACCUGGAACUUGUCAAGGAUGCUCAUAGAGGGCGUCUCCCAAAGCCCACGAAGCCCAGCCAUGAAAAGGCAAAGGGUGGAGAGGGAAAUGAGGAGGAGGAGGAUGAUGAAGAGGAAGGGUGUCUGCCGGGUAUACUCAACAACAACCCUCGUUUUGGGAUGUUUGAGAUGGACCUGAUACUUAUGAUCAGUGACGCAGGGACUGUGGCCUAUGACCCAGUAGGAAAUGAAUGCUUUGUGGUGUCAGAGUCUACAGAAAUUCCCAAGAACCACUGCAGCCUAGUGACAGAUCAGAACCAGGUGUUUGUUGUUGGAGGAAUUCUCUACAACGAGGAGGAUAAAGAUGAGCCAUUCACCUCUUACUUUCUACAGUUUGACCCAGUAAGUUCAGAAUGGUUAGGGAUGCCCUCACAACCCAACCCUCGAUGUCUGUUUGGUCUGACUGAAGCCGGAAACUCUAUCUUUGUUGUUGGGGGAAGGGAACUGAAGGAAGGCGAGCACGCCCUGGACUCAGUCAUGAUCUAUGACAGACAAUCAUUCAAAUGGGGAGAGUCUGACCCUCUGCCUUAUGAAGUGUAUGGCCAUGGAGCCAUAUCACACAAAGGUCUUGUGUAUGUCAUUGGAGGAAAGUCUGAAAGCAAGAAAUGCAUGAGAAGAGUCUGUGUCUACAACCCCACUAAGUUUGAGUGGAAGGAUCUGGCUCCUCUGAAGACAGCCCGCUCCUUGUUUGGUAUCACUGUCCACAAAGACCAGAUCUUUGUUGUGGCAGGAGUCACAGACGCAGGUCUCACCAGCUCUGUGGAGGUCUACGACAUUGCCACCAACAAGUGGUCUGAAUUUACAGAGUUCCCUCAGGAACGUAGCUCUCUCAGUCUAAUUUCAAUGGGAGGUUUCUUGUAUGCUUUGGGGGGCUUUGCCAUGAUGCCCAGUGAAAGCAGUGAGGAGCCCAUCCCAACAGAGAUGACUGACAUCUGGAGGUAUGAUGAGUCAGAGAAGUGCUGGAAUGGGAUUUUGAGAGAGAUCAGCUAUGCAGAGGGAUCGACUAUUCUUCCAGUGCGUCUCAACACUCUGCGUCUCACCAAGUUAUAACUGAACUGUGCCAUGAGGUUAAUAAUGUAACAUUAGCACUGACAAGUACAGAGAGUACAGAAAUUUAAAUUUAGUUUCUGAUGAUGAAAAAUGUUUUGAAAACAGCAUCAAAUUGUUUUAUCUUAUGUUUUACAGCAGGGGGAGACAGAUACAUACUAAGAGAUCCUAGGGGUGAUCAACAUGAGUAAAAUGUAUUUUUUAAACUCAAAAUGUUGAUUUGUACGUCUGGUUGUUUGUUUGUUUUUGUUUUUUUAAAAUUUCCUUUAUUACCUGAUAGCUUUAUUUAAAGCAGAAAUAAAGAUAAGGGUUGAUCGUAUUGCUUAAAGUUAAGUCUCACUUGACUGACACAGAAGGCCUGUGCACAGUGCAAAUGGUUUUAUUCAUCUUCAUCUGACAUUUUGUUCAAUAACAUCUUUAAUCCACAUACUGUACAGUACACAAUAUUUACACAAGCUUUAAAUGGCAACAAAUAAGUGAGGCAUGUACUAUUUUGAAUGUAAACAUUGAUUUCCAGUUGACACCUGAGCACUAUAAGUCAUCACUAUAAACAACAUCAUAAACCAUUUUGUUAUAUACAA